GGCCGCCCCCGGUUUUUAGGCGCCAAAGCUGCACGAGGAGGAGCUAGCUGCUGCAGCAGGUAACUCGUGUGGCCGGUGUGAUGGAAACCGGCCUCGCCGAAGAAAACUUCAGGCUCCGUGAGGAGCUAUCCCGGUGCAAGGACGACAAGGAGUUUGUAUGGAUGCUGUGGAAAGACCUGCAGAAGCAGAGUCCCGACCUCACCUCAACCGUCGACAUGAUAAUCACCAGGGAAGAGCUGAAGAAUGAGCAGAGAAUAAAAGAGUUGACAGCAGAGGUUCAAACCAAGCAGGAAGAAGCCCAGGCCUUAGCUCAAAAUCUCGAAGAAAAAGAGAAAGAAGUGAUCCAGAAGAAUGCAAAGUUAGGGAGAAUGAAGACAGAAGUUGCUCUUUUGGAGCAGAAACUAAAAUCUCUAGAACUGGAAACACGAAAGCAAGCGGAUGAGGAGCGUGUUAACCUGCUCAACAUGAAGGAGCAAUGCGUAGAACUCGAGAGUCAACUGGAAGAGGAGAGAAGAUCGCUAUUUGUCCAUCAUGAAGAAAUGAAGAGACUUGUAUUAUGUUGUGAGGAGCGUACUAGGCAGAUUGACCAGUUGAAAUCUGAAAGUGAAAACAAAGGCAUUCAAAUACAGCAAUUGAAACAGGAAGAGUCCUAUUUGACGAAAACAGUGGAGGAUUUGUCUAAACAAAGGGACGAGCAAAAACAGACCCUUCAAAGACUGGAAGCUGAGCUACAAUCAGCAAAGAGGGAGCUGACAGAAGUGGCUAAUUCAAGAGAUGCCUGGGCCAAUCACAGCACGCUGCAGAGUACCGCCGUUCAACAACUCCAGAAGGACAACGCCGGCCUCAGGGAAGAGCUCUUGCAGCUACGAGGGAAGAAGAAAAGAAGGGGGAACCAGAUGGAGACGGGACGAGCAGAAGAGAGACGGAGAGCGAGUGAUGAGUUCCGCAGAGAAUCAGAUUCCGCUAGAGAGAGUCGAAAAAGAGCUCUUUGAAACACAGCUCCAACUUGAGGCCAAAUGUAAGGAGCUUGAGGGUCUGCGAAGCUGUCACGACAGGAGAGCGAAAAGAAUGCAAGCUUUGCAGGCUAGUCAGACUCUGUUGGAAGAGCAACUUCGAACAUACACCUCAACUGAGACCAAAAGCUCCUCAUGUACUCAAUGGGAAGAAACAGGCAAGCGAAAGGCUACCCCAGCAAAAGACCUCCGUCACGAAAACAGCACAGCCGUGUGGAACGAACUGGCGGCGUAUCGAGAAAAGUGCCAGCAACUGGAGACUCACUUGCAAGAGAUUGAGGAGGAGCGAGACACACUGCAAGCCAAAUGUCUGAGGAGUGAGAGCUGUGUGGCAGAGCUAAGGACACAACUCGAGCAUGGGAGGAACGAUCUGGAACGAAAACUUUCAGCCAUUGCAAAAGCAGAAGAGGCUUCAGUUUCAGUUUCAGUGCACUCCCGGCAGCUAAAGCUCAAGGUGAAAGACUUGGAGAGUACUGUGUCAAAACUGAAGCAAGAAAAGACCAAGCUAAUUUCUCAGCACAGUUGUUCUGAGAGAGAGCUGUACAGACUGAGAGAAGAGGCAGCUAAGAUGCAGGCACAAAUCAUGAGCCUCACUCACAGAAAGAAACUGGAGCAACUGCAGACCUUCUCCAAGGGCACAAUGACCGACGAGGGGGGCUCCUGCCGCUACGACUCAUCAAUUGACUCGGCAACCCAAGUAGAGUCGAGAGAUGCUAAUACCAGAAGUGUCGGUGUCUCACCCAUCAAGCUACCAGUUGGAAAAACUCGAGAAAGGUUCACAGAGGGGGUCUCCUGUAAUAACGAUUCAUCAUCAAUCUCUGUGACUGACUCGGGAACUCAAGCGGGGGCUCCAGAUACAGUGAGCACUGGAGUUUCACCCAUUAAACCACCACCUCGACAAACUAGAGAGAACUCUACACAAACCUCUGCAUCUGCGGAGAGAAGGAUACCGGAGAGACAGUUGUUAAGGUCUCACAGACGUACACAUUCUGAAGGAGACUCUAUGUUCUACAGAAAAAGGGCCAAAGACGCUCUUAAGAGAGUUAAUAAAAUUUCUAAAGAGCUUCGAGAUAUGUCGCUACCGGUGAAAGAUACGGCUGAGCGGGGAACAAAGUCGGCUAAUCCCAGCGAGGGAGAAGAGAGUGCCCCUGAAAUUAAGCCCCAAUCUAUUGGAUGUCGGUGUAAAAUAGUUGAGCGGAUGGUGAAUACUGGUAAACACAUGCCUGGAGCUCAGAAAUGUGCGUUCCAGCAACAUGUCAAGACGCUACAGAAACAUAUUAGAGCCCUGAGACAACAGCUGAUCAGUGCUGGGACUGCGAGACAGUGCCUGACCCAGAGACUGGAGGAGGAGAGGAGAGAGGGAGGGAAGGCCAGGGCUGAAGUCAAAGAACUGAAUGUCCGUCUCCAGGGAAUGAAGACUGUAGUGCAGUCCCUGCAGAGUGAGGUUCACCGGUUGCAGGAUUCAAACCAACAACUCCAGCAGAGGUUGACUUCCCUCUCAGAGACUAAGAGAGGGAGGACCGACUCUGACUGGAAGAGAAUAGAGUCUGAGAAACGAGCGCUGUCUGAGAAGUGUUCAGUUUUAACAGAGUCAGUCAGAUCCAUAGAAGAGAGAGUACAGCAGAAGACCUGUGAACUUACUGACACUCAGGAAAGGUUAGUGAGACUGGAGAGAGAUGUGAGACAGAAGAGACAGCUGUUGGAUAACCAGAGAGACAAGCUGAAAACACUAACACAGCAAGCUGAAGACAACCAGGCUAAAGUGCAAAGUAUGGAGAGAGAGGUGAAUACGCUGAAGGAAUUCCUUGAUCAUAGCAGACACAAGGUCGACACUCUUCAAAUGCAACUGACGAGAGAGAAAGAAGAUAAAACGAAGGCCCUGAAAUUGCUCAGCAGCUGUCAGAGGGAGCUUUCGCAUACCGUGAGUAACAGUUCAGCAGAUGAUUGAGCAAUAGUAUUCACAUGGUAUUUAAAAAAGGAUGCUGAAAUAACAUCACACCCAUUUAUAGUAUAGUAUAGUAUAUGUGGGAGUGUCAUGUCACGUCUAGCUAUAAUAUAGCUUCCAUUCAACUUCCUGUGUUCUUGGUAUAAGGUUGUGCAGUUGGCCGUUGAUCAAGAAGACUCUAAAAAGAAGCAGAAGCAACUAGAGCAAGUGAGAGAGUCUCACGAACUACAACUGAAGACGCUGAAUGAGAAACAUGCAGAGAAAGUGGAAUCUUUUCACCAGAGGCUCAGGAACAGAGAGAAAGAAAUGAAGGACCAACUCAAGCAGAAAGAGCUGUUUCUAAGAGAGCACAGGCAGUUUAUUAAGGAGUUGGCAGCGGAGGUAGAGGAGUGUGCAAGACAAAAGAGACCAGAGCCAAGUAACGAAGACACUUCAAUGUCUGCUUCAGUGGAGGUAUCAUCUCGAGUUAGAGAGAUAGCAAGAUCAACUCUCCACCUCUCCGAUCUGGAAAUAGAUGAUCUAUUCUCAGAUGACUGUGAUCACCAACAGGUAUAUAUAGGAAACUAAGGAGCACUGUGAAUUGUCAUGUGUGUGCUACUAUAAUAUAGGACGGGACUGAAGAGCCUCUGAUUGGAGAUUUAGAAGACUGUUUAUCAAGGCUUCCUUUUGCAACCAACUUAGUGAAAAAGUUUACGAGGAUAUUAUUUUAGCUCUAGCACUAGCAGGGAGCUAGCAAAUGAAUGCUUCUGUCGCUAGCUACUGCUUUUAUUCACCGAUAGGUAGGGAAAGCGGGCGCGACUUAUUCAUCGUCUUGCUAGCGCAUCUUAGCAACACAUAGACAGAGUUUUGUAGUUAGCUAGUGUAGUUGGUCGUUUGCAGAGAACUUUGCAGUUGCCCGCUAGUCACUGGAGAAUCCGCCUGCAGAUCGCGAGUGAGAAUGAAAUCAUGCCGAGCAAUAUGGUACGUAGCUAUUAUGUCUAGCUAGCUACUGCAAACGGUUGGCAAGCGCUAGCUAGCUGCAUAGUGAUCAUGCCAGCCACAGAUCUCGCAGCCUAUGGCGUUUUUCUUGAUUGACAGCAGGGCUUCAGCUCUCUGAACUAGCUAUGUAGCUAUCCCCUUCGAGCCUUCACACAAGAUUGUGUCGUCCCGAGCAAAAUUACUGUCGCUUGCAUCAAGGUGUAGCUUGUCGAAGAUUAGCUCACCACACAACCUGUAGUUAGACUUUUGCUGCUAGCUUGCCUGUUUGCACUGGAGCGAGCUAGUCCGUAUAGCUUAGCUAACGUAAAGGGGGAGUGGCCGCCCAUUGUCACAUGAUUCCCGGCCGAGGCGACGAUGGCUGCUGCAGGCGUUGUUUUCCCUCUGCCACUGGUGAGCUAACGAGGUGACAGCCACCCGCCAGAAUGGUUGGAAACAAAGGCAACAAAAAACAAUCAACAGCUACUGCUGGCUCAGCCUCGGCACCCUCAGAAGAAGCCACCGUGGGGGAAGACGAGGAGGCCACAGAGUCCGAGGGUGAUGGCAGCUAUCCCGUCCAAGAACAGCUACACGACCAAGAGUCGUUGGGGUACCGCAGCCAGUGUGUGUAUGCUCUGUACAAGCUACCACGCACCGAAGAACACCCCCAAAAUCUCGCCGUGAAGACGGAACAAAGAGAGGAGAGGGACGAGCGACUACUACACUGGUACCCAACAGUCGCCUGUUCCCGAAGAUGCACAGCAGCCGGCGGAACCAACGCCUCCCGACAACGCUCACAGUGCAACACCGGAAACAUCUUCUGCUGUUCUUCAGAAGAUGCAGCCCGUGUUCCCCCGCCCACAAUCGCGCUCGCAAGUUUACCAUCACGUCGCAGAGCAGGAAACUCCUCCCCCCAGUCUAGCUACUACCAACUGCCUGCACCGAGCCUCCAAGGAUACAUCUAUGCCAAGCUAGUCCUUGCGCUCCAGUUUUUCGUUGCUCUUGCCGGACCUGAAACCAUCCCCAUUCCCAACAUAUGCCCAUUGCAAGGCUAACGGAAUACUUCACGAGCGAGGCAGUGAUAACUGAUGUCAUUCCGAGAGAGGCUGGCUGGUUCCCCUAUGUCCCGCGGCCCCCUAUAAUUAGGGGUUUUGACGUGGGUCUAUUGGGGCCUGAUCCGGGCGGAACUCUCGAUCCUGCUACCGCUAACACCGACGAGAGUUAUUACGACUCAGAGAUGGCCAAAUAUUGCACCAAAGAGGCAAUCGUGGACGAAGUUGUCCCACAAUAGUGAGGGACUGAAGACCAUUCUGCCACGUUAGCGGCUACACACAUCUACUCUAUUGUGACUCUAUUAUAUAAUGUUCCAAAGUGCCCAAGUUAUCCCCCUUUUGUUGCUUACCCUCAUAUUAUACACACUACCCCUGAAGUACACUGCUAGUGCUGCUAUAAUAUUAUGUCUUACUGAUGUAAUGUACAUGGAUGAUGCAAUGAUUCUUUGUUGUGGCGCCA